CGCUAGUUCUGUGCCACAGAUAAGAUACUCCCAUGGCGGUCGUCCCGGCAUCCAGCUCCGUUGGAUCCCCUCUGAUUGCUGAAGUCGACAUGGGCGGCGGCUCCGAUCCCUCUUCCGUCAUUGUCCGCGCCACCGUCGUCCAGGCAUCCACUGUCUUCUACGACACAUCCGCAACCAUUGAUAAAGCUGACAGGCUCGUCGCAGAGGCUGCUUCUUAUGGAUCUCAGUUGGUUGUAUUUCCAGAAGCAUUUAUUGGUGGCUAUCCACGUGGAUCUACCUUUGGUGUCACCAUUGGUAGCCGCUCAGCUAAGGGGAAGGAAGAUUUUCGGAAGUACCAUGCUGCAGCCAUUGAUGUGCCAGGUCCUGAAGUUGAUCGCAUAGCAGCGAUUGCAGGGAAGUACAAGGUCUUCAUAGUUAUGGGUGUGAUUGAAAGAGCAGGGUAUACACUUUAUUGUACAGUUCUCUUUUUUGAUCCUUAUGGUCAGUACCUUGGUAAGCACCGCAAACUCAUGCCCACAGCUCUGGAGCGUAUUAUCUGGGGUUUUGGUGAUGGAUCCACUAUUCCUGUGUAUGAAACCCCAAUUGGAAGAAUUGGUGCCCUCAUUUGUUGGGAGAACAGAAUGCCCCUCCUGAGGACAGCAUUGUAUGGUAAAGGCGUUGAAAUAUAUUGUGCUCCCACAGCUGAUGCCAGGGAGGUAUGGCAGGCGUCAAUGACGCAUAUUGCACUUGAGGGUGGAUGCUUUGUUCUCUCAGCAAAUCAGUUCUGCCGCAGGAAAGACUAUCCACCACCACCUGAUUAUGAAUUUUCCGGUGCUGAAGAGGAACCCUCUCCCAAUUCUGUAGUGUGCGCUGGAGGGAGCGUCAUUAUAUCACCAUCCGGAAUGGUCUUGGCAGGUCCAAAUUAUGAAGGAGAGGCCCUUAUAACUGCUGACCUUGAUCUUGGAGAGAUAGUUCGAGCUAAGUUUGAUUUCGAUGUGGUUGGGCAUUACUCUAGGCCUGAGGUGCUGAGCCUGACGGUGAAAGACCAUCCCCAGCAUCCCGUUUUCUUCACCUAUGCUGCCAAUAAGGAAAGCGAACAGAAAUCAUAGUGAGCUCUUGUGAAUUCCCGUCCGAUUUUUCUGUAAGAAGCCACUGGAAAUUAUCUACUAUCUUUAGUUGACUUGUACAUUUAAUCUUGAGCCUGAUUAUCCUCUGAUGAUGGGAAAUGCUGAAGCUUCUGAUCAUUUGAGAUUGUACAAUACGAUUGAGCUUGUUGAAUUGUUUCUGUUAGAUGUCAAGUUGGCUUGCUAUCUUUUAACUUGGAAAAGCAAAAAAGCAAGCAAAGUUUUUUUUUUUUUAACCUACAUGUACCUUCGGACUUCCCUUCAAAAUAAUGUUUAGUUUCUGGCCUAAUGUGGCAGUAAAGAAGAA